CGUCAGCAUCCACUUUGUUCGUUUCCCAUCUCUCUAGUCUCGACGAUCCAUAUUCUCCCCCAUUUGUGUUUCACUGUCCAAUUCGAACUCCCCCCCUCCCUUCUCUUUAACACCAUAACCGGGUCUACCGUCCCCGGUCUGCCCGGUCCUAUCCCGGUCGAUCUCCUCGCAGGUUAAACACCACCGCCAACAAGAAGGACAACAACUCGGUCAUGAAUCCUGAAUAUGACUAUCUGUUCAAGCUUUUGCUUAUUGGAGACUCUGGUGUUGGCAAAUCAUGUCUUCUUCUGAGAUUUGCUGAUGAUUCGUACUUGGACAGUUACAUUAGCACAAUUGGAGUUGACUUUAAAAUACGCACAGUGGAGCAAGAUGGGAAGACAAUAAAACUUCAAAUUUGGGAUACUGCAGGACAAGAGCGAUUUAGGACAAUCACCAGUAGCUAUUACCGUGGAGCACAUGGCAUUAUAAUAGUUUAUGAUGUGACAGACCAAGAGAGCUUUAAUAAUGUUAAGCAAUGGUUGAGUGAAAUUGACCGAUAUGCUAGUGAGAACGUAAACAAGCUUCUGGUUGGUAACAAAAGUGACCUUACUGCUAAUAAAGUUGUGUCCUUCGAAACGGCCAAGGCUUUUGCGGAUGAAAUUGGCAUUCCAUUUAUGGAGACGAGUGCUAAAAAUGCUACUAAUGUGGAGCAGGCAUUUAUGGCCAUGGCUACUGACAUCAAGAAUAGGAUGGCGAGUCAACCAAUGAACAAUGUGAGAGCACCAACUGUGCAGAUACGAGGACAACCUGUUAACCAGAAGUCUGGCUGCUGCUCUUCUUAGUUGCUUCGUUCGAUAUUCCCUUGGACGUACGCUGAAUCAAAGUGGACGAACCCCCUGAAUGCUAUAUGAUUAUGAUAUGCAAGUCAGGUUGCUUUGUUAGAUUUUCUCCCACUCCGUUAUUUUUUCGGUUUGUUUCUAAAUGGUAUGUACAAAUGAUCUUAUUCUAGCCACAAGGCAUUCUCUGUUACACACUCACUGUCUAGUAAUUCGACUUUAAUCUUUGUGAUACUAAAUUCGAAUCUUUGUCAUACAAAAUUCGAAGUAGCUUGCUGAUAGAAUGAUGAAACAUUAGCUUGGCAGAGAGGUGCCCUUCUGUCA